AUGGGCGCGAACGGCCAAGCAGUGCAGACGAUGAACAAGAAGAAGGUGAAACUCCUGCAGAAGAAGCGCGCGAAGAUCCGCAACCAGAAAAAAGUGGGGCUGCUGGAAAAGGGAAAGCACACGGUCUUGCGCAAACACCGGCAGUCGAAGAAGAAGGAGCAGAAGGACGCCAAGCGCCACCGCAUCUACGUGGAAGCGGAGAAGAAAAAGCUGCUCGAUAGUGGGCUGGUCACCAACGAAGACAUUGCAACGAUGGAGUCGGAAACGGCGCAAGGCGACGCCAGUAGCGAGACGGCUGCGAUGGACGUGGAGGAAGACGAGGAGUAA